GGACCAUGUCAUUAAAAUGUCACCUGUUGUCUUUCAAAAGUGUCAAAGUUGUUAAACUGUAAUACUACUUUACUAGGAACAAUAUAUUAUCGUUUUAAGAAAAAAUCAAAAUGUUCAGAACUCUGUGCAAAGUAGCCCGGGAUUUUUCCUAUCCCAAGAGUAAAUACCGCACAAAUCUGCUCAUAAAAACCAAUACAACAUAUGCAAAUGCCAUCAAACGACGAUCGCAGAAAAAAGAACCAGUGGAAAUUGUAAAAUGGGUUUUAUUGGUUAUACCAGUAAGUUCAUUUGGGCUAGGCUGCUGGCAAGUAUACCGUCUGCAAUGGAAACUGGAGCUUAUAGACAUUCUUCAAGCAAAAUCGAAUUCUACUCCCAUCCCAAUGCCAACUGACUUUUCAGAACUAGAAAAGAUGGAGUAUAAGCCAGUUAAGGUGAAAGGUGAAUUCCUUCAUGACAAGGAGAUUCUUAUAGGACCCCGAGCACUUAUUGAUAAUGAACACCAGAGAUUUGGCUCCCUGGUGUCUGACCCCAAGAAGAACCAAGGAUGGCUUGUUGUUACUCCAUUUAAAUUAUCUGAUACAGGUGAGGUGAUCCUAGUCAAUCGUGGUUGGGUACAUCAAAGCAUGCGGCCCAAGGAUAAACGGGAAUCAUCUAUGAUUAAAGGCGAAGUGGAGUUAACAGGUGUUGUAAGGCUCACAGAGAAAAGAGCCCCAUUUAUGCCAAAGAACAACCCUGAAAAAGGUUCCUGGUUUUCUAGGGACUUGGAUGCAAUGAGUGAAUAUUUAGGCUGUGCUCCAGUGUGGCUUGACGCCAGAGGCAUCCCAGACCCUCUUGAAGGCUGGCCAAUACCUAAUCAAACUCGAGUCACUUUGAGGAAUGAGCAUAUGUCAUAUCUUGUUACUUGGUAUUUACUGUCAGCUUUCACAGCUGUUAUGUGGCACAGAUUUUUUAUACGGAAAUUACCCCUGAUGUAAAAAAAUUGUAUACACUUAACAGCAACGAAAGUGGGUCACUUUGUACAGAACUUCCCAUAAAAACUGGGUGUUGAUUGACUCUUGAGUAUAGGUAAUUGACCAAAUGAAAGCAAAAAGCUCUUCUUCAGCUUGGAAAAAACAAAUAUAACGACCUAUACAGGUCGCAUUACUCAAUCAAUUCUCGUAAAAUUUAGUGAGAAAUUUCGAUGAUAUUAAUAUAAAAUUUUGUUCUCAAUUCCGUUUUUGGAUAUUUUUUUAAAAAGCGAACCCUUGGGCGUUUGUGUUAUGAGGUCUACAUUUCAGAGCCACUAGUUUAAAGAUUCAUCCAGUUUAUUUUUGGGAAACUGAGAAGCAGCGGCGUAGCGUGUGUGUUUGCCGCCCGGGGCCCAUCAGAAAUUUGCCGCCCCGUUUAUGAUCAACAUUAAUUACUACAUAAGAAAAAGAUGAGUAAAAAUGGUAAAAUACAACAAAUAAGUUCAAAAACUAAAACUCGACUACUGAAAAUCGGUCUCUAAAAAUUAUGAAAAAAGGAAAAAAUCUCAUCUGAAAUAAUCACACAGAAUAUACUUUAUAUUUAUCAUUUUUAGAUGAAGAAAUACAACAAAACAUAAUUUACCUAAUAAAUGUUGUAUACAAUGUGGAAACAAGUAACCGACAGAUUUUAACGUGGCGUUUUUGGUCUAAAAGUGUGGGUAUGUGUUUUUAAUUUAAAGGGUUGGGGGUGAUUUACUAUUAAAAAUCCUGAAAUACGUAUCUCGGACCAACUUUUAUACAAUCUUCUUUUUUUACUGAUUCCACAUAAAAACUUUAACCCCUUUUUUCCCUAACGACCUUUUCCUCUCCCUUUUCACCCUUACGUGGUUAUUUUCGAGUUAAACACUAUCUACAUACCAAAUUUCAAUUAAACCGGAUCAGCGGUUAUUGAUUUCUCGUACAAAAUUAUUCCCCCCUUUUCUCCUCCUUAGUGACAAAAAAUUUCAAGUGUUUGAUUUUUUUUGUUGUUUGUGUACUAAUACUAUCCUACAUACCAAAUUACAGCUUCCUAGGACUUUAGGAAGUACCCUAAGGGUUUUAAUGAUCACCAGUGAGUGAGUGAGCAAGUCAGUGACGAAAUCGGGGUUUUUUUAGAUAUGAAUCUUCUUUCUAUUUCUAUUCGUGUCGAGGUUUUUUUUUUAUACGAUGGAAGCCCAAUAGGCAGCGGUGUUGACAGCCCUCGCUGUCGCGACCCUCAGAUCCAGCUCCGAGCAGUGAUGCGGGCAUGCGGGGCACGCCAGUAGAUGUGCUAUGGUUUGCGUUGCUGUGUCGCAGGUACAUUGAGUCGAGGGGCUACGGAACAGUCCCCAUUUUGAUAACCCCAAAAUAUGAAUUAAAUUUAAAGUAUUAGAGCUAUGCAAUUGACAUUAUAUCCCGAGAAUUUCGUUUAUUCUGGUAUAAUUCAAACACAAGUUAUGAGGGUUCAAAAAACGACGAAGCGCUUCGAGAAAAGGUAAGUAGUGGCCUUGCGCUUCGCUUUUCCUGUCUUGGCGGGGGCACUCCCGUACCCCAAAUUUUCACAAGAAUUGCCAUUAUCUGUAUAACAAGACCGAUUUUAGAAAACUUUGUAUGAGAUUUUAGUCUCUAAAUGCGGUCAAGAAUACACCUUUAAAAUCUGUCAGGUUGCUCGUUCCCACGGUGUAGGUAUAUUCAAUAUUCACAAACAUAUUUAAAGGACAUAUGCUACGGUCAUAAGUUUUAAGGUAAAAGUAAAUGAUUAUUUCGGAUAAGAUUUUUUUCUUAUUUCAUACGUUUUAUAGUGCGAUUUUCAGUAGGUAGUCUGGUUGUAGUGUUUAAACUUUUUUUUUAUUAAAUUCAUUUUUGGGGAUAUAAUUUUGUGAUAUAUUAUUUAAAUUCAUUUUAUAUUGUUUUUGUGCGAAGUGCGAGGCGCCCGCCUUUAGUACAGCAGCGCACGCAAAGCGCCCAAUACCUACGUCAGACUACGCCCGAUGCUUUUAACAUGAUUGUGACAAAUACUAUUACUUAUACUGUGAUCGUGAUUCGUUCGCGUGUAGCGCGCCACGUUCAUAGGGCUACGCCCGACUAUUUUGGCAUGAGGGCGCCGAGGGCGCCCGGCAACCGAACGCGCGCGGCGCGCCACGUACGUCGGGCUAUGUCCCACUUUUUUAGUAUGAAGGCACCGACAGCACCCGGCAAGGGGCGCUGGGUUCAAUUUGAUGUGACGUCAUAUAACCAGCGGACAAUCGUGUAAGUUCGGUGGUGGCUCCGAACGCCCCGUUCCGGCAGCGAUGGACUGCCCCUGGGCUAUAAGUUCGUCAAUUACGGGCAUUUUUCUCUGUCACUGUGAGAGUAAAACAGAAAUAUCUACGCAAUUCACGAAUUUGGGUUUUCCGCCUCGGGGGCCUCGCCUCGCGCCGCGCCGUUGGCUCCCGCGGUGCACUGGCGCGUUAGUGGCGCGAUUUGAAAAUUUUUAAUUUCUUAAUUUUUUUAAUGCCGUGUGUGCCGCCCCCUCUCAUGUGCCGCCCGGGGCCAUGGCCCCCCUAGCCCCCCCCUCGCUACGCCACUGCUGAGAAGAAAGUAAUUAGGAUUCCUUAUUUUGUACCUUUCCUUGUAAAAUAAAUAUAAUGUAUGUAUAGGUUCUUAAUUUUACUUCUAAGAAUGAAAUCAAGUGUUCAUCAUCUAUGGAUAUCAACUAAAUACUUACACAAAUACCUAGCGGAAAAUUGUUAAAGAUAGUAGACACAUCGUGUUAUUGAGUUUGUUUUAAUAAAACAAAUGUCUUUGUGAAA